AUGGGCAAUCGAUUCAGAAGUUGUUCAUUAUUUUCGGUUUCCUUGAUUAUUAUAUUGUGUGUGCCAUCAAGAGUGAAUUGUACUGAGUUUGAAGUUGGGGGUCACAAUGGCUGGGUUGUUCCUAAGUCAAGAAACAACGACCAAAUGUAUAAUCAAUGGGCAUCCCAAAACAGAUUCAAAGUUGAUGACACUCUUCGUUUCAAGUAUUCUAAAGAUUCGGUGUUGGUGGUGAGUGAAGAGGAGUAUGAAAGCUGCAGAUCCACGAAGCCAAUGUUCUUCUCUAACAAUGGUGACACUGUCUUUAAAUUUGAGCAUCCUGGAGUGUACUACUUCAUUAGCGGGGUUAGCGGCCACUGUGACAGAGGACAGAAAAUGAUUGUCAAGGUUUUGGCCGAACAUAAUCCAAAGCCAGAGCCACUAUAUUCACACUCACCGGCACCGGCACCGGCACCGGCACCAGCAUUUACAUCUGCACCUUCUCCUUCUCAUCAUUCUCGUGCGGCAAGAUCAAUUCCUCUCCUCAGCAUAACCAACUUGCCGCUCUUUCUUAUCUUACUUGUUCUCGUGCUUUUUGCUUGA